GGGUCCUGCGCUCAGAGUGGUGCAUUGUGGGAAACUCCUGAGCACUCCUUGGUUUCUGCAGCCGCCGCCCGCUGUCGUCCCGCGAAGCGAGUGCGCAGUGAGUGCGCAGCGAGAAGCUGGAGGCCCGAAGGAAGACACCCAUAUAAUGCCCAGAGGUGAGCUGUCCUGAGACAUUGUGAUCCAGCCGCCUGCCAGUCCCGCAAGCCCCAAGCCAGCUGCCAGCACAAAUCAUCAUGGAAUCCCGAGGAAAGUCAGCCAGCAGCCCCAAGCCAGACACCAAGAUGCCUCAGGCCACAGCUGAGGCCAAGGCCACUCCAGCUGCUGAUGGGAAAGCCCCCUCGACCAAGCCUGUGAAGAAGGACACCCAAACAGAGAAGCAGGAGCAACCAGCAGCCCCUGGGCCAGCAACUACCAAGAAGACACCGGCCAAGGCAGACCCUGUUCUUCUCAACAAUCACAGCAACCUGAAGCCAACCCCCACAGUGCCUGCAGCCCCCAGUAGUCCUGACGCAACCUCAGAGCCGAAGGGUCCUGGGGAUGGGGCAGAGGAGGAUGAGUCCAACACUGGAGCCCGAGGUCCCUGGCCUUGUGAGAACUUGACCCCUUUGUUAGUGGCUGGGGGUGUGGCCGUGGCCACGAUGGCCCUAAUUCUUGGUGUAGUCUUCCUAGCCCGGAAAAAAUGAUGCCUGGUGUCCAGGUGGAGGCACAGAGCCACUUUCUGUACAGACCUGAAUAUAUAGUGCAUGCAAGGUCCUAGAUACUUAUCUAUACACACACAAAAAAAAAAAACCACACACA